UCGUGGGCCCGGGGUCCUGCCGUGUCCUCCGCGGGGUGAGUUUCUGCCCCGGGAUCUUUCCUCCGACCCGGGCCUGACCCCGGGUUGCCGAGGGGGCGGGGACACGUGGGAGACCGAGGCGGAUCCGCGGGAGCGAGCCCGGGAGAGCCGCGCGGGCAGGGACGGGAACCGCGCGCGGCGGGCGGGCCGAAUUGAGAGCCGCCCUCCUGCGCGAAGGACGACGGAGCCCGGAGAUUCGGCUCGGGCGGGGACGAGCAGCAGCGCCCCGGCUCCCGGGGACCGCGGCCGGCGCGGGCGGGCGGGCGCGGCCUUUGUCUCCACACGCGCGCUCGGCGGCCGCCCCGGCUCCAUGCGUCCGCCGACCCCCGGCGCCCGGGCCGCCCACAGCACCUAGCCUUGCCCGUCUUCACCAUGGCCGAGUCAGCCUCGGGCGCCGGGGGCUCGUCGCUGGAAGCGGAGCGAGGCAAGCGGCCGCCGCCCGAGGGCGAGCCUGCAACCCCCGCGUCAGGAGUUUUGGAUAAGCUUUUUGGGAAGCGGCUCCUGCAGGCGGGUCGCUACCUGGUGUCCCACAAAGCAUGGAUGAAGACGGUGCCCACUGAGAACUGUGACGUGCUGAUGACCUUCCCAGACACAACCGAUGACCACACGCUGCUCUGGCUGCUGAACCACAUCCGCGUGGGCAUCCCCGAGCUCAUUGUGCAAGUCCGCCACCAUCGCCAUACGCGUGCCUACGCCUUUUUCGUCACCGCCACCUAUGAGAGUCUGCUCCGAGGGGCCGACGAGCUGGGCCUGCGCAAAGCUGUGAAGGCCGAGUUCGGAGGAGGCACUCGGGGCUUCUCCUGUGAAGAGGACUUCAUUUAUGAGAAUGUGGAAAGUGAGCUGCGCUUCUUCACCUCUCAGGAACGGCAAAGCAUUAUCCGCUUCUGGCUGCAGAACCUGAGAGCAAAGCAGGGCGAGGCGCUGCACAACGUGCGCUUCCUGGAGGACCAGCCAAUCAUCCCAGAGCUGGCGGCACGUGGGAUCAUCCAGCAGGUCUUCCCUGUCCACGAGCAGCGUAUCCUGAACCGCCUCAUGAAGUCAUGGGUGCAGGCUGUCUGUGAAAACCAGCCUUUAGAUGAUAUCUGUGAUUACUUUGGUGUGAAGAUUGCCAUGUAUUUUGCUUGGCUGGGUUUCUACACAUCAGCAAUGGUGUACCCGGCUGUCUUUGGCUCUGUCCUGUACACAUUUACAGAGGCUGACCAGACAAGCCGGGAUGUGUCUUGUGUGGUCUUUGCUCUCUUCAACGUGAUCUGGUCAACACUGUUCUUGGAGGAAUGGAAACGGAGGGGGGCAGAGCUGGCCUACAAGUGGGGGACGCUAGAUUCACCUGGGGAAGCCGUGGAGGAGCCUCGUCCCCAGUUCAGGGGUGUGCGCCGCAUCAGCCCUGUGACACGAGCAGAGGAGUUCUACUACCCACCCUGGAAGCGGCUGCUCUUCCAGCUGCUCGUGAGCCUCCCCUUGUGUCUGGCCUGCCUUGCCUGUGUCUUCCUGCUCAUGCUCGGAUGCUUCCAGCUGCAGGAGCUGGUGCUGAGCAUGAAGGGGCUGCCCCGCUUGGCCCGCUUCCUGCCCAAGGUCGUGUUGGCCCUGCUGGUCAGCGUGAGUGCGGAGGGUUACAAGAAGCUGGCCAUCUGGCUCAACGACAUGGAGAACUACCGGCUAGAGAGUGCCUAUGAGAAGCACCUCAUCAUCAAGGUUGUCCUGUUCCAGUUUGUCAAUUCCUACCUGAGCCUCUUCUACAUUGGCUUCUACCUCAAGGACAUGGAGCGCCUGAAAGAGCUCCUGCUCGUCCUGUCCCUGUCCCAGAGCCUUGAGCGGCAGCUGCGAGCUGUGCUGAUACCGCUCGUGGCCCUGAGGUUACGCCUGCUCCUCCUGUCCCUCCGGGUUCUCCUGCUCACCGCCCGGGCCAAAAUGCUGGCCACGCUGCUGAUCACCCGCCAGUUCCUCCAGAACGUGCGCGAGGUCCUGCAACCGCACCUCUACCGCCGGCUGGGCGGUGGCGAGCUGGGCCUCAGGGCUGUCUGGGAGCUUGCCCGAGCCCUGCUUGGCCUGCUGAGCUUCCGGCGCCCAGCACCCCAUCGCCUGGAACCCCAAGCUGAAGAUGGUGGUAGAGGGGGCCGCAGGUGUCUCAGCGGGGGUUGCGGGGCACCGGAGGAGGAGGAAGAGGCGGCCAUUGAGCGGAGGCCAGCGGGGGAAGGUGGGGAGGACAGGGAUGGGCCUGGAGGUGGCAAGGAAGAGGAGGAGGAAGAGGAGGAGGAGGAAGAAGAGGACGAAGACGAGGGUGAGGAUGGGGGCCUCCUAGACUGUGGACUCCGGCUGAAGAAGGUCAGCUUUGCAGAGCGUGGGGCUGGGCGACAUAGACCGGGCCCAAGCCCAGAAGCCCUCCUGGAGGAGGGGAGCCCCACCAUGGUGGAGAAGGGGCUGGAGCCAGGGGUGUUCACACUGGCAGAGGAGGAUGAUGAGGCUGAGGGUCCUCCUGGCAGUCCUGAGCGAGAACCCCCAACCAUCCUGCUUCGCCGGGCUUGGGGCGAGGGCCGGGAUCAGGGGCCAGAUGGAGGCCCAGGCCCAGAGCCUGGCUCUGGAGACUCUGCUGGGAGGCCCAAGAAGCAGAACCGGUCUUCGUGGAUUGACCCACCUGAAGAAGAGUACUCACCCCAGCUCACCCAGGCUGAGCUGGAGAGCUGCAUGAAGAAAUAUGAGGAUACAUUUCAGGACUACCAGGAGAUGUUUGUGCAGUUUGGCUACGUUGUGCUCUUCUCCUCGGCCUUCCCUCUGGCUGCGCUGUGCGCCCUGGUGAACAACCUCAUCGAGAUCCGAAGCGAUGCCUUCAAGCUGUGCACGGGCCUGCAGCGGCCCUUUGGCCAGCGUGUGGAGAGCAUCGGCCAGUGGCAGAAGGUGAUGGAGGCCAUGGGCGUGCUGGCCAUUGUGGUGAACUGCUACCUCAUCGGCCAGUGCGGUCAGCUGCAGCGCCUCUUCCCCUGGCUGAGCCCGGAGGCGGCCAUCGUGUCUGUGGUGGUGCUCGAGCACUUCGCUCUGCUCCUCAAGUACCUCAUCCAUGUGGCUAUCCCUGACAUCCCAGGCUGGGUGGCCGAAGAGAUGGCCAAGCUGGAAUACCAGCGGCGGGAGGCCUUCAAGCGGCACGAGCGCCAGGCCCAGCACCAUUUCCAGCAGCAGCAGCGGCGGCGGCGGGAAGAGGAGGAGCGACAGCGGCACGCGGAGCACCACGCGCGGCGGGAGCGCGAGGCCGGCGGCCGGGAGGAGGCGCGGGCCGAGGGCGCCGGCCCCGAGGCGGCCGCGGACCGGGGCGCGGCCAAGGCGAAGGGCGGCGGCGCGGGCAGCGCGGGGUCCGAGCGCCCCAAGCGCCCGGGGUCGCUGCUGGCGCCCAACAACGUCCUGAAGCUGAAGCAGAUCAUCCCGCUGCAGGGCCGCUUCCUGUCCGCAGGGCCCGCGGCGCUGGCGGGCGCGGGGCCCGGGCCGGGGCUCGGCGCCAGGCCGGCCCCCACGCAGUCGCCCCCGGGCGGUGACACGCGUCUGUCCGGCUUCCUCAGCUUCCGGUUCCUCAAGGCCCCCGAGGCGCGGCGGGAGGAGCGCAGCCACUCCCCGCCCAAGGCCUUCCACGCCGCUAAGCUCUUCCCGUUCGCGCCCCGCGGCGCCGAGCCCAACGGGGCGGGCGGCCCGACACGGCCCGACGCGGGCCCCGGCAGCGGUGGCGGCGGCGGCGGCCGGGUCUCCAGGAGCGGCGCCCCUGACGAGGCACCGGCGGAGGAGCCCGACGCCCCCAGGGCCGACGAGGAAGGCCCAGGGACCACGCUGGCCCCAGCGGCCGCCAGCACCCGCCGCAGCCGGAGCCCCGCACCGCCGCCCCGGCCCCCGACACCGCCCCCGGGCUGUUGGCAGUGGGACGCGCCGUGGGGUUGCGGGGGCGAGGGGGCCGCCCUGCGCCAGGCCCCGCCGGCCGCCGAGUGCCCGCCCUGCGCCCUGGCUGGGUCCCCACCCGCCUCCCAGCCCCUGCCCGCCGACACCAGCUUCUACAGCCUCCCGCCGCCGGCGCUCGACCCCCCCAGCCCCAGCCCCAGCCCCAGCCCCCAGGCCGUGUGUUGGCCUGGCGGCUGGCACUAGCGCCAUAUGCAAUAUCAGUCAUUAACCUGGUGGAACGCGCUUCGCCCCAAAAGACAGCCCCAGUAUUGGUCGUCCCCUCCGAUCUGCCGUUUUCCUUUCUGCCUGGAUGGGGACCGGGAACCCCCGAACCAAUUAGAAACACACAACAUAGGCAAUUAUUUAUUUGUUUUUAAUUUAUUUUGUCAUAUUUUUGUAAAACGGCAGAAAUGCAAUAAAAAGUAUAUUUCAAGUGUCAAAA